UUCUUCAGAACACUUGUACAGCUGUAAGUUAUUUAAAGAGCUGUGAUUUUGAAAUUUUUAUUAAAGUUUAAUUGAUGUAAAUUUAGUGAUGUAGAAAUAAAUGGAAUCGUAGACAUCACUUAUCUUCACUACCAAUCACACUCUUCUAAAUAUUGCCAAAAAAUAUAGGCAAAUUAAUUUUAUAAUUGAUCAUGUUUCACUUUAUAAAAUAUCUAUUCUAUGAAUUUUCUCUCAUAAAAGUCUUCUACAAGUUUUCCGAGAAAUCUUCCCUCAAAACCAAAAGUUUGGCAUUCAUUCACGUGAUGAAAUAUUUUUUUACCGGGGGCAAUUGACCCCUCUCGCCUCCGCUACUGGUUAUAUAUAUCGAUUUUCGAUUUCUAUAGUAGAACGAUUAUUCUUUCUUUAAGAAAACUCAUUUCAGAGUUCCACAUAUGACAAAAAAUACGAGCAAUUAGAGAAGAACACGUGAAAACGUGAUGCUCGCCUAUUAAUCAAAUAUUCGAAUAUUUCGCAAGCUGUUUCCUAUCGAAUAAAUUUCAAUAAAACAAAUGAAAAGACAAUUAGCGACAACAAUACAAUAAUGAUUGAAAGGCACCAAUCCAAUUUUCACUUUUUGCAUUCGAACAUAUCUUAUAUAUCCUUGUAAAUAGAACUAAAUGUUCUUUUAACCAUCAACUAGAACCUACAGCUUGGAGCUCAUUCUUUUAUCAAAUGGAGUCGGGAAAAGCGCAGCUAUCAGUCAUCAAUGCAUGGAAGGAACAAAAGAUAACAAAGGUGACGAACAAGACUGAGAAGAAGCUCCUAGAGAUUUCAGCAUGGGAAAAAAAGCAAACAACCAAGAUCGAAUCUCAACUCGCUGAUACCCAGCGGAAGAUGGACAGUAAGAAAAAGGAGAAAGCGGAGAAACUGAGGCGCAAGAAAGCAGCAGUUCAUGCAAAAGCGCAAGAGAAGAAGGCACGGGUUCAAACCCGACGCGCUCAAGAGAUCCUCGAUGCAGAAGACGAAGCUGCUACGUUUCAAGCCACGGGACAGAUUCCCAACAAGUCAUCUUGCAGCUGCUUCUGAUAUCAUCAGCAUUAACCUGUGUUGCAGACUAUAACCUAUAACUAUCACCUAUACUUGUAUCGUUUUACGUGUGUUUUCAUAUUUGCUUGUGUUGGUCAUGGAACAAAUCAUUGUUCAACUAUCAAGCUACUGACAACAACAUACAUGCUAGAAACCAAAAUCUGCAACCUGGGUGAAUAGAAACAGGUAAGAAUACCAUCUUAAGGUCUCAAAGACUUAUUAUUGAAGUUGGAAAAGUUGCAAACAAGGCAUAAAAGAGUCAAGAAAACACCCGCUUCUUGAAGACGCAUCACAACACUGACCAGUCUACUACAAUGACAAAAAAACAUAGCAACAAACGACUUGAUAAAAAAAAAACUAGAUAAAAGACUCCCAUUUCACACCUUCCAGGCCUUGUCUUUAUGUAGUUGAAUAUUUAGAAAGAAGGGAAAACAAA